AUCCAUCCUAAUUGCAGUGACGUGCGACAGAAGCAUUUCACGCUGCCGUCUCCGCCGCAUUCCGCCUUCUUAGAGCCUCCAGCCACCGUGCAACCACAUCGGAAUCAGGAAUAUUUGCUUAGGAUGGAAGAGGCUAAGAAGUAUGAUCAUAGGGUUUUGGGUGUGAAGCAAGAGCUUAUUCUUCAUCAUAAAUGGAGCCCGGGAAGCUGGUUUUUCCUUCCGCAUGGUGCGCGAAUCUACAACAAACUCAUGGAUUUCAUUCGGAAUCAGUACAGAGAUAGGGGCUAUCAAGAGGUCAUAUCGCCAAAUGUAUUUAACACGGAUUUGUGGGUGAAACCUGGGCUUCCUGCAAACUACAGAGAGGAUAUGUUUGUCUUAGAGAUUGACAAACAAGAGUUUGGUCUAAAACCAAUGAAUUGCCCAGGGCACUGCUUGAUGUUUAAGCACAGGGUUAGAUCAUAUAGAGAACUUCCACUCCGCUUUGCUGAUUUUGGGGUUUUGCAUCGGAAUGAGGCUAGUGGUGCCUUAAGUGGAUUAACGAGUGUUAGGAGAUGUCAACAGGAUGAUGCACAUAUUUUCUGCAGGGAGUCCCAGAUAAAGGAAGAAGUCGCAAAAGCCUUGAAUUUCAUCAAUUAUGUUUAUGAAGUUUUUGGUUUCACAUAUGAGCUGAAACUUUCAACGAGGCCAGAAAAUUACCUAGGAGAGUUGGAGACAUGGGAGAAGGCUGAAAAUGCUCUUAAAGAAGCUUUGGAUGACUUUGGCAAGCCUUGGCAGUUGAAUGAAGGAGAUGGUGCAUUUUGUGGACCAAAGAUAGACAUCAGCGUAUCUGAUGCAUUGAGUAGGAAUUUCCAGUGUGCAACUUUGCAGCUUGACUUCCAGCUUCCUGAUUGUUUUAAAUUGGAAUACUCAGCUGAGGAUGAAGCCAAAAUUGAGAGACCUGUUAUGAUUCACAGAGCCAUUCUAGGAUCUGUCGAGCACAUGUUUGCCAUUCUUUUAGAGCACUACAAGGGUAAAUGGCCCUUCUGGCUCAGUCCUCGUCAAGCAAUUGUAUGCCCUGCGUCAGAGAAAUCGCAAGCUUAUGCACUGCAGGUGCGAGAUCAGAUCCACCAAGCAGGAUAUCACGUUGAUGCUGAUACAACUGAUAGGAAGAUUCAGGAGAAGGUACAGGAAGCUCAAUUAGCUGAGUACAACUACAUCUUGGUUGUUGGAGAGGAGGAAGCUAAUGCAGGACAGGUGAGUGUACAUGUUAGAGAUAAAGCAGAGCAUAGAGUAAUGAGUAUUGAGAAUCUACUCAAACACUUCAGCGAGGAGAUUGCUGCUUUUCAUUGAAUUUUUGUAUUCCCACUCACCUUCUAGUUUAUUAACAUUUGUGGGCAUCAUUUAGAUUUUCAACCUGACAAUUCUACAUUUUAGAUGAUUUCGGUGAUGGCUUAUUUUCAUACUGCAACGACUAGUUCAAUGUGAAUUUUGAUUAUGGUUUGAGCGCACUGAUGUUAGAUCCA